AUGAAAACAGAUUGGAAUGUACCACAUUGAGAGAAAAAGAGGGGUUAGUAAAAUUGAAAGAUAAGAAUUUAUUUAUUCAUUUAUGGUGCUUGUGUGUGUUUGAAUUAUUUUCAUUAUUUUUAGUACUUUAUAAAUCUGUAAAAAUCGACAAAUUGUUGGUGUCUGACAGACAAAAACAACUUUCUUUUUUAGCUUUGUUUUUGUUUUCAUUUUAGUUUAGGGCUUAAGAUGUACUAGUUUAUCUUUUUUUUCUUUUUAACAGACUGCUUAUCUAUAGAUUAUGUGUAAAUUAGUAGCAGAAAAUCUAAAGCAUUUGUGCUUUCCAGGAAAAUGAUAGCAUAUCUACACAGAGCGUCUGUGUUUGUGUUAGCAAAGAUCUACGGGUGCCCGAAAGGGGCGGAGCUCAAACCUGCGUACAGAACAGAAACAACAAUCCAACCGUGUUUUGUCGGUUUGUCUUUCAAAAAGAGGACCAGACUGCUCAGCAAACGGAACCAGCAACAAGUUUUUCUGACCAAUCAUUGACGAAGGAGCUGGGCUUUUCUCCAUCCUCAUCAUGGCUGAGACUACAGGGAAGUUUGACUUCGCCAUCGACCGCGGUGGCACCUUCACGGACGUGUUUGCUCGGCUGCCUGACGGCCGCGAGAGGGUCCUGAAGCUGCUGUCCAGGGACCCCCAGAACUACAAAGAUGCCCCCACCGAGGGCAUCCGCAGAGUUUUGGAGGAGGAGACGGGGCAGACUUUCCCUCGUAGUCAACCUGUGGACACUUCUCUGAUUGGCUGGAUCAGAAUGGGCACUACAGUGGCAACCAAUGCGCUUCUGGAGAGAGAAGGGGAGAGGACAGCACUUCUGGUCACAAAGGGCUUCAAGGACCUGCUGCACAUCGGCACCCAGGCCAGACCAAAGCUGUUUGAUUUGGAAGUUGCGAUGCCGGAUGUGUUGUAUGAGGAGGUCAUCGAGGUGGAUGAACGAGUCGUACUCGGGCAAGAUGACUGUCAGCUGCCAAGGAGAGAGACUAGACGCGUCGUAAAAGGCAGCACAGGCGACUCUCUAGAGGUGUGGAGGGAGCUGGAUUUGGAGCAAGUGGAAAAAGACCUGAGAGGAGUUUUUUCGCGUGGCAUCAGCAGUCUGGCUGUUCUUCUGUUGCAUUCCUACACCUGGUCUGAUCAUGAGAAAGCAGUGGGCUCUCUGGCUCGCCGGCUGGGCUUCACGCAGGUGUCCCUGUCCAGUGAGAUCAUGCCGAUGGUGCGGGCAGUCCCUCGUGGCUACACGGUGUGUGCAGAUGCUUACCUCACCCCCAAAAUCCACCAGUACUUAAAAGGCUUCACUGCAGGCUUCAAGGGUGCCCUUAAGGAUGUGGACGUCUUGUUCAUGCAGUCUGAUGGAGGUCUGACUCCCAUGGAGCAGUUCUGUGGUUCCAGAGCCGUUCUGUCCGGGCCAGCAGGAGGGGUUGUGGGUUACGCCAUCACAUCGUACAACCAAAUGGAGAAAAAGCCUGUGAUUGGCUUUGACAUGGGUGGAACAUCCACUGAUGUGAGUCGCUAUGCAGGCCAGUAUGAACACGUGUUUGAGGCCACCACAGCCGGGGUCACCCUGCAAGCCCCGCAGCUCGACAUCAACACUGUGGCUGCAGGAGGAGGCUCCAGACUAUUUUUUAGAUCAGGGAUGUUUGUAGUUGGACCAGAGUCUGCAGGAGCACACCCAGGCCCAGCAUGCUACAGGAAAGGUGGCCCCCUGACUGUGACGGAUGCUAACUUAGCUUUGGGUCGCCUCCUUCCUUCAUUUUUCCCCAAAAUCUUUGGGCCCGGAGAAGACGAGCCUCUGUCCUUGGAGGAGACCAUGAAACAUUUCCACAACAUGACUGAGGAGAUUAACGCCUUCCUGGCUUCUAACCAAUCACAAGUUAAUGCGAAUGGCGACACAAACUCUCACCACAGUUUGUCAGACAAGAGCCAAACCAAAAUGAGCGUGGAGGAAGUUGCUAUGGGAUUCAUUCGUGUUGCUAACGAAGCCAUGUGUCGACCCAUCAGGGCUCUGACACAGGCCAAAGGUCACGACACAUCCCAGCACGUGCUGGCCUGUUUUGGUGGAGCUGGCGGUCAACACGCAUGUGCGAUUGCUAGAUCCUUGGGGAUGAAGACGGUCUUUAUCCACAUGUACAGCGGCGUCCUGUCGGCGUACGGCCUGGCUCUGGCAGAUGUUGUAGAGGAGGUGCAGGAGCCGUGCUCGCUGCAGUACACGCAGGAGUCCUUCAGCGAGCUCGACCGGAGGAUGGAGCAACUGUCCAAACGCUGUCACGACACACUCUGUGCACGAGGCUUUAAGAGUGAUCAGAUAACCACAGAAGUUUUCCUCCACCUGCGAUACGAAGGCACCGACUGUGCCCUCAUGGUUACCGCUGCUGGUUAUCCCAGUAACGCCCAGUCUUGUCGAUCUGGAGAUUUCCGCAGUGCCUUCACCAAGCGUUAUCUCAAAGAAUUUGGAUUCACCAUUCCGGACAGACCCAUCAUGGUGGAUGACAUCAGAGUGAGGGGUUGUGGGAAAUCUGGAAUUAAAUCAGUGUACAAACCAAAGAUGGGACAGAAACAAGUCAAAGCUGUCGCAAAGACCAAGUGUUACUUUGAAGGAGGUUACCAGGACACUAGUGUGUAUUUGUGGGAGGAGCUUCCAUUUGGUCAAAGCAUCCAGGGACCCGCCAUCAUCAUUGACAAAAACAGCACCAUCCUUGUGGAGCCGUGCUGUGAGGCCCAUCUGACAGAAGGGGGCGACGUUUGCAUGACCGUAGGCUCAGAUCCUCACUGCAUCCUUGGCACUGAGCUCAACACGGUGCAGCUCUCCAUCUUCUCCCACCGCUUCAUGAGCAUAGCUGAGCAGAUGGGAAGAGUACUCCAAAGAACUUCCAUCUCCACAAACAUCAAGGAGCGCCUUGACUUCUCCUGUGCCGUGUUUGGACCGGAUGGAGGUCUAGUCUCCAACGCCCCGCACAUACCUGUUCACCUGGGGGCCAUGCAGGAAACUGUCCAGUACCAGCUCAGAGCACAGGGGAACAAGCUGAGUGAAGGAGAUGUAAUCCUGAGUAACCACCCAUGUGCUGGUGGCAGCCACCUCCCAGACCUAACUGUCAUCACUCCAGUGUUCAGGGCAGGAGUGAGCAGUCCCGUGUUCUUCGUAGCCAGCAGAGGACAUCAUGCCGAUAUAGGAGGCAUCACUCCAGGAUCCAUGCCCCCCCACUCCAAUUCCCUCCAGCAGGAGGGUGCAGUCUUCAUUUCCUUUAAGCUUGUUACAGGAGGGGUUUUUCAGGAAGAAGCUGUGACUGAAGCUCUCAUGGCUCCGGCUCAGUACCCAGGCUGCUCUGGGACUCGUAAUCUCCAUGACAACCUAUCAGACCUCCGGGCUCAGGUGGCGGCCAAUCAGAGGGGCAGCCAGCUGGUGGGGGAGUUGAUUGACACAUAUGGGCUUGCUGUGGUUCAGGCUUACAUGGGCUAUAUCCAGAGUAACGCUGAGUUGGCAGUGAGGGACAUGCUGAGAGAUUUCGCCCGCCACUGGAAGCAGCAGACCGGCGGUUUGGAGGUGGAAGCCGAAGAUUUUAUGGAUGAUGGAACAGCCAUCAGGCUGCGGGUCCAAAUAAAUGAAGAGGAGGGCAGUGCAGUGUUUGACUUUACAGGGACGGGGACGGAAGUGUGGGGGAACUGCAACGCCCCAAGAGCCAUCACCCUGUCCGCUCUCAUCUACUGUCUGCGCUGCAUGGUCGGCCAGGACAUUCCCCUCAAUCAGGGUUGCCUUGCCCCAAUCAGUGUUGUCAUCCCCUCUGGCUCCAUCCUCCAGCCAUCCCAGAAUGCAGCUGUGGUUGGCGGAAACGUCCUCACAUCUCAGAGAGUGGUUGAUGUCAUCUUUAAGGCAUUUGAGGUGUGCUCGGCCUCACAGGGCUGCAUGAACAAUAUUUCAUUCGGCAGUGAAAAAGUCGGUUAUUACGAGACGGUUGCUGGCGGAGCUGGGGCGGGGCCUAGCUGGAAUGGGCGGAGUGGAGUACACAGUCACAUGACCAACACUCGCAUUACUGAUCCAGAGAUUCUAGAGAAGAGGUAUCCUGUGAUUCUGGAGCACUUCUCCUUGCGACCUGACUCCGGGGGAGCAGGGAAGUACCGCGGGGGCGACGGCGUGAUUCGAAAGCUUCUGUUUAGGAAACCUGUCGUUCUGUCAGUGCUGACCGAGAGGAGAGCCACUCGGCCUUACGGCCUCAAGGGCGGGGAGGCUGGAGCGGCAGGGCUCAACCUGCUCCACAGAAACGAUGGGCGGGUCCUCAACCUGGGAGGCAAGACCAGUGUUUCCCUUCAACCAGGGGACAUGUUCUGCCUCUACACCCCUGGAGGAGGCGGCUACGGGACAGAGGAUGCAAGCAGUAAACCUCAGAGUAAACGAAGGCGGUUGAACGAGAGCUUUCCUGAGAGGGGGAGCGUUUUUGAGUAUCGAAUGGCUCAGGAGGGAGUUUAAAGGAAGCUAGAAAUGAUGGACAAAGACCCAGAGAUGAGAAUAAAUGUAGAUCCAAAGAUGCCCUUCUGAAAAAUGAAGGUUCCUGGAAUCAUUUCAGCUACACUUUUUUAGAUAUAGAGGGUUCUGGAAGUUAGAAAAAAUGUAAUUUACAAGUUUACAGGUUUUACCUACUCAUGUUUUGAACAUAAAUCUUUUUUUCUGCACUUAAAGAGAAGCAAAAAAGUACAAAGAAGCUCUUAUGCUUACAACUAGCAACAGCUGUUUCCUAUAGUAAUGCUGCUCAGAAUUUCCAGUUAGUUUUUAUAUUUUUCUGUACAAUCAGUUUUUUUUUCAACAUUUGAGUGUAGUAAAUGUCCUAAUCACUCUGAGAAAUUUGACAUUUUAAGAUACGAAAGUUUUGUUUGUGUCAAAAUAAAAAUGUAACCGUUCA